UAUUAGGCCCAAAUAGAAUGUUGACCCAGUGGGCCUCGUAGUACACUUACAUCCUUAUAUAGAAUCAAACCCUAGAAUUCUUAUUCGUCCUUAGCAUUCCAAUUCAGCUUCAGAGCUUUAGCGCCGCCAUCAGGAGAAUAUCCAACAGCAAAAAUGCCUUCUCACAAGUCAUUUAUGAUAAAGAAGAAGCUAGCGAAGAAGCAGAGACAGAAUAGGCCAAUUCCUUACUGGAUCCGUAUGAGAACUGAUAACACUAUCAGGUACAAUGCUAAGCGUAGGCACUGGCGUAGGACCAAGCUAGGAUUUUAAGGUGGAAGACUCAGUGUUUUAUUUAAAAUUUUAUGGAAAGACUUGUCGGAUUAUGUUUUUUUAAAGGUUGGAUAGGAGUUUAUUCUGUGAGGAAACAGAUUGUGUUUAUGAUUUCAGCUGAGAUUAUGUAUUGAAUGACUGAUAAUGAAGUUAUUCUGUUUAUUUCGAGGUA